AGUUGAAUCUCAACAUGCCAAGCGAAUGGGUUUUCCUGAUUCUCUGCCUGGCUCCAAUGGCCUCUGGGGGCACUACGGCGCCAUCGCUCAGCGCCAGUCCGAUCGUCUUCGCCCGGAAUCUGUUCCGUGCCAUCAACGAGGAUGCUCCGCCGAUGAACCUCUUGGUCUCCCCUGCAGCGGCCCGUAGUGCCAUGACCCUGGUCUUCAUGGGAGCCGGCGGAAAGAGUGCGGAUGAGCUGCGCUCCAACCUGAUCCUGGGAGCAGCCAAAAAGCAAGAGAUUGCCAAACAGCAUGCGGAGACCUGGAGCCGGGAGUGCUCCUGUGCCGAGAAGGGAGUGGCUCUGCAGCUAGUCACCCGGUUGUAUGUGGAUGAGGAGGUGAAUGUAAGGCCGGACUUUAAUCCGCAGGCCGAGGAGUUCUUCAAUGCCACGGCAGAUUCCCUGAACUACACGGAUGCGGAGGGCUCCACAAAGAAAGUGAACAAGUGGCUGGAGAAGCAGACAUUUUACACUGUGCGCAACUUCCUCACACCGGAGGUCUUCAAUACCGAGUCGAGUGUGAUUCUGGUCAACUCUCUGUUCUUCCGGGCCAAAUGGAGCCAUGGGUUUCCCCUGGAUGCCACCUCGCUGGGUGACUUCUGGAUCAAUCCUCGCCAGCGCAUGGAGGUGAACAUGAUGCGGCAGAUCGGUCAGUUUCGCUAUGGCGAAUCCAAGAAGCUCAAGUCGCAGAUCCUGCAGCUGCCCUUUGAGAGAUCCAACAUGACCAUGCUGAUAAUCCUGCCCAAGCCCAUCGAUGGACUGAGCAGAUUGGAAGGUAAACUGAGGGAACUUGACCUGAACGAGGUGGCUGCCAGAACACACUUGAACGAGGUGGAAGUGACCCUGCCAAAGUUCCGAAUCGAGUGCGAUAUUGAUCUUAAAGUGCCACUGCAAAAGUUGGGAAUCAAUAGCGUCUUUGAGCCUGGUCAGGCGGAUUUAAGUGGCAUUUUUGGCAAGAACUCACCACAAAGGAUAUCAGAGGCCCGGCACAAACUGUUUCUUCUGGUAAAUGAGGCUGGCUGUGAGACGGCUCCGGAAACAAAAACCAAAACUAAAAGGGUUAAGAAGAAUGCCGAUCGCAAAACCUUUAAGGUCGACCGUCCCUUCGUCUUUGCCAUUCGCAACCAAAAGAACGUCUUCUUCGUGGGCCACUUCAUUAAGCCCUAAUUGCUUACAUAUAGAUAUUUCCCCGCAGGCAAUCGCUGCAAAAUGGCAAUAUCCCAAUGAACAUCAAAUUAUUGCCAAACAAAUGUACACAAUGCACACCAGAUACAAAGAGCAGCUAGUGGGGGCGAAGGGCUUUCGGCGUGCCAAACAAAUGGCAAAAUGGCUGCCGGACAGAUCAUUGCAAAAAUUCGCAGAUAGGCGGAGGAGGAAACGGAAGUGAGGAAAGGGAAAGAGGCAGCAAGGAAACGGCGGCUGGCCAAAACCAAAUGAAAAGUAACGGGAGCCAUUGAGUGAGGCUAGGAAGCCGGAGGUUUAAAUACUCUUAACCCAAAAUUUUAAAAAGCCAGACAGCAUAUUUAGUGUUUAGUAGUGUUUUCUUUAAAAAUAAUAAAUAUUAAUUUAAGACUUCUAA